AAUGCUACCCUGGCAUCAAUGUGGAACUAAAAGGAAUCAGUUGGUUAAUGGUUGUCUUUGCUUCACUUCAUGAUCCCAGAGUCCCAUAAUUUUGGUUAUUCUUGAUUCUUGAGUCUCAUCAUCAUAAAAGACACUGUGUAUGUUACCAUAAUUCUUGAUAAGAGGUGAAAGCAUUAGUUAUGCCAUCUAGAGGUAGAAAAGUUUUCUUAGGACAAAUAUUGGGUGGGAAAAGAUAGUUUACUCAAAUACAAAAUGACUUUGUAAAUUCAUUUUUCAUUCCCAAGAUGGGAAACUAGACCACUCGAAGCUUGUAACUGAAGCCUCGGGUGAAGGGUUCGGGUCUAUAUAUGGGUUUGCAGUCCACCUAACCCGGAUCCGGAUAAAAUUAUUUAAAAGCCCAUUUCCCGCCCUUCUCUGACCUUUUGUCUAUCCAAGUGAAAUGGAAGAAAAAGUGGCCGUCCUCACAGUCGCUGAACUAAUCCACACUGGCCGGCCCCUCACGGGUACAGCCUCUCUACACUCUGAUCUUAACCGUCCGGUUACUCCAACUGUCUCAUCAAACCACCGACCAUCUCCUGCUCCCACCAAUUCAGAUCGUAACCCUAAAGUUCUGACCCCGUUGAAUCACCCCGCCUUCCUCCUCGGAACCCUAACCAUAAAAUCAUCGCACGACAAUUGCAUUAAAUUCAAAGACAUUUCCGCUGAAGUUUGCUGCGACAUUCUCGACUUCAAUGUUCGCGCUAUCGGGAAGAAAAUCUACGUCACGGCUUGGAAUUUCAUUCCCUUGAAACGCGGUAAUGGUUUUCUGGAGAUUAUCAAAUGGAAGCUUCCAGAUUCAAGCUCUGUGCUUACUGGAUGUUCAAGGGCCACUACAUUCGAUUCCUUUCCGUUAAUUUCAGGUUCUGCUUUUGUUAAUGAAACAUAUACUUCCAAAGCAAGUCAUCGUAUUCAUGGCGCAGUAGAAUCAGUUAGUCCUGUUUCUAUCGUUCCGUGUUCAAAUCCAGCUUCUUUGACCGGUUCAACUAAUAUUCAAGGGUUUCUAGUGCGAGUUAUGACUUGUGAGUGUAAAUUAUGUAGUUCGAAAGAAAAUAAGACGACACAGGCCUGUAAGGUCUUCACUAAACCUGUGUUCGUAUAUUUUUGUGGUGCUGCUUCAUGUUGGCAUCCUGUUAUGAUAAAGCUUUCUGGGCAUGUUAUUACAAUCUCAGGGCUGAAGAAAAAGUUGGUUUUCAUAGCGAAAGAGGAGUCUCAGUUGAUGUUUGUAACUGUGGAGAAUUCAGUUUUGCAUGUUCCUAGGUUAUCGGAGAAAUGGUUUCCUGUUUCAAGAACUGUUAUUAAGGGGAAGGGUGAAUGCGGAGUGUAUACUGGUGUAGUAAAGGGCGUUUACAUGCGUGGUAUGAUUGUUGAGCUGGACAAUGAAGUGUGGCUUCUACUAAAUGAUAAAUUACUUAGCGUGCCACAUAGUCUUAGAGAAGGCGCUGUUAUUUCUCUGAGAAAUGUUCAUUUCGUCAAUCCAAGAUUUCCAUGGGCAAAACUUCUCAUCUUAGGUGCAUGCUUCAAGACUAGCAUUAUUGUCGAGUCAUUCUCUCCGUUGGAAGCAGGGUGCUAUAGAAAUGUUGAAUCGCAGAGUCUAUUGGGGAAGUUUGUUGAAACUUUGUCAUUUUCUGCCAGACUAUGGGCACUUCUUGUUGUUUCAUGCAUUCGGAAAAAAUUUUGUGGGAUCUUAUCUGAGAAGGAGAUUUUGGGAUCAAAGCAUGUAAGUAGCUUGCUUUUGGCCUUGGCGAGGAAAGGAGUUGCUCAGAUGUACGCUAGUUCACAUUUGCCUUCAUCUGUAAUUCGAGCUCGGCAUGGAGUAUUUACAGAAUUGUGUAAGCAUGAAUCAUGUGGCUGUGGUAAUGAACCAUAUUGUGGUAACCUGAAAUUGGUGUUGCCCAUCUCUUGUUUCACCUAUCACUGUGAAGCUAAGUGGAUAAAAAUGCUGUUACAAUCAGACAGUGAUCAACAUCUAUCAUGUGAGAACUGUCUGAUUAGUUCUCUAUCUUCAUCAGGUAAAUCUUACAGUCGAUCAAAGAGGAGGAUUUUUCCAAGUGAAGACAUGGGUAUUGUUUUGCUUGGAAGUUUAAAGGUUUCUCCAUAUUCUGGAAGGUUGCAGUUGGUUGACAUGACUGGCAGCAUUGAUGUUAUUGUACCGGACCUUUCAUUAAAUUGGAGUUCCAACAGCAUUUAUGAGGUCGUUGACUAUGGUCUUAUUGUGGAAGGCAUAACUGAAGUUUUGGAUCAGUUGGUAAUGCCUGGCAAGGAGUUAUUCUCAUGCAGAAGCAUCUUUAAUUGUGCCCCAGCAGGAAGAAAGGAAAACUUAUCAUUUAUUGUCCAUUUUCACAUGAGUAAAGCCACCAGCAGAAAUCUUCCCUUUUAUCCAAGUGUGGACCGGACAAAUGAUUUGAAGGAAUUUGGAAGUGGGGCAUUUCAUCUCAUUCGAGUAACUCAUAAAUUCCCAUUGCUACAAAAGUUUCAGGGUGAUCUGGUCAUAGCAAACAGGUCUAGUAUGUUUGUUGAGGCCAUUAUCUUACCGUGGAGUUUGGCUCUUGAUGGAAAAGAUGGAAGUAAGCAUUCAACAAAGGUGUUGAAGGAUCAAUGGAGUCAAGCCAUGGAACAUGGUGCUGGUGAAUAUUACCAAGGACAUGUUCCUGGAAAGAGGCAUAAAACUGAUUAUGCAUCAAGUGGGGCACUGACUUCAAGUUCAGGGGUUGAUUUAGGCGAUGUUGACUAUGCAUUAAACACUUGUUGUCAUACGGAUUCUAGGAAGGAAUGGAAAUGUGAAACCUUGAAUUUUCCUCUUGAAAUUCCAUGUUUUGUUACUGUUAGAAGUAUUAGUAAUUCUGACUUUGUUAGUUCUGGAAUCUUGUAUUGCGCAAAGAGUCAUGUUGAUGUCCCCAAUUUAACAGCUGAGAAGGUCUUGCUGCAAUUUAACUCUGAAGAUUCUUUGAAGUAUCAGUUGUUGCAGAUUGGUGGUUAUUACAUCAUCAAGCACCAUAUAGGAGAUCCUUUUUGUUCUAUCAAGGACUCUGACAAUGUCAGCUGUGUUAAAGCUCUAAUUACUUCUAAAACACACAUUUGGAGUCUUACAUACUCUUCUGAUGAAGUUCUAAUGAAUAAUAAAUCAUCACAUGAUCCUUCACCAAAAUAUUCCUCCUUCAGCAGUUGUAAAGCUCUGGCCGGUGAUCAAAUUGAUUUUCUUCUUCAGAGGGUCGCUGCCUGUUCUCUCGGAUGUUGUUCAGAUGUGCAUCUUCAUCUCUCUGCUAAUGCAAUAGAUAUGCUGAAGCUAAACCUGAAGAAGUUAGAGCAAGACUUUAUUAAGCCUGCUGUAAGAUCAGAAGAGGCUUCCAAUAUUUCUCCAUGUUCAUGGAACACUGUGAAUAUGUCUGUGCCUCUGUCUAUACCUACUGAUUCUAAUUGCCUGUUUCCUGAAGGGAAUUUAGUGUCUUUGCAAGGAGAUGUGAUUGCUCUUCAUGCUUUUGAUGACAAUUAUGAUGAUGUCUUUGUAAGCUGUGAAGAACUUGGUGAUGCUUUUCAGUUGAGAUUCUCUCAAGAACUUCCAAGUUCUUGCAUUCAUGUUUUGGUGGACCAUCAACUUGUAAAGGUAUUUGGUACACUUAAUGAACAUGUGUAUCUUAGUGGAUUUGGGGCUGGUGUAAAUGCGACAUUUCAUCGGAUUCUGGAAGUGGGGGGUUCAAACAGCUUGAUGUUGACAUCUGUAUCGUUUAUUGUAAUAAACUCAAUGAGGGUAGUCAAAGAACCAGAUGUUGACAAGUUUUCUGAGUUAUUGUGGAAUUCAGAUACAUGCAACAAAGACUCUAGAGACUCCAUUUCUUCUGGUCUGAUUUCUGAAUUGGCUCCAUGCUUGAAUUCUGAGCCAAUGCGCAUCCGUUGCAGAGUUGUUGCUGUCCAUUUUCUCGUUCUGGAGAAGAAGAAUAGACUAUGUGAUGAUUUACAAGUGAAAACUCACUCCAGCACCCAUCUUUUUAACAUUCCUCUUGCUUGUUUUGUGUUGGAUGAUGGGUCAUCCUCUUGUUGUUGUUGGGCUGAUGCUGAAAGAGCAGCAACCUUGCUAAGGCUGCAUGAGCAACUCCCACAGAGUGCUUUUGAAAGCAGUGGGUGGACAUUAAAGUGGGUGGCAACUGAUAACAAUGCGUGGAGAUCCACCGUGUAUCAUAUUGAAAGAAUAUUGAAGAAGUAUGACAGAAUUACAGUGAAAAACUAUGGUUCAAUGGUUGAUUCUUCUUGUCAAAAUCUUAGUGUUUCCGUCAACUCAGAAAAUGCUCUAAGCUGCUCAGACGAAAACCUCCUCAAAUUCAUAAUCUCCAAUGCUUGCUUUGGCACAUUUUGGACACUCGUUGCUAGCUCAAUGGAUCCAAGUGCUCUCAGGUAUAUGGGAAAACAACACCUUAAUGAGAUGGAGAUGACAAUGCAUUCCAUGCAAAAUAUAUGGGCUAAACAAGUUUGUUACACCAACCCUAUUACUGAGGCCAGGAAUGUGUUUCAGGAACUGAUAAACAGUGGCAGAAAAGUUCUGCAAAAGCUUGUCGAUGUUUUUGAGGUGAGUUUCUCAGGCAAAGGUAUUGGACUUUUUUACUUUUACACUGGUAGAUUCUCACGUCUUUUCUGGUUACUUUUUACUGUCCCUAGGGUUCUUCAUCCAAGUAUAAUAUAUAAAAUAAUACCAAUACGUACCAUUGGUCAUUAGAUCUACCAUUACCUCUUUUCCUUCCUCUUCAUUUGAAUUUUUCACCCACCUUCAUGUCUUGUUGUCUCUCUUUUUCUAUUGAGGGUUUCCUUUUCCUUUUCCUUUUCUUUUCCUUUCACCAUAGUCCAUUUUCAGCUGUUUCUUCUUCAGUAAACAGAGUCUUCUCGUUUCCUACACUAUCUCUCAUUCAUA